UAGGUAUCAAUAUCUUUAUCAAAUAUUAAUUGUUUACAUCAUGAGAAGGGUAUUAAAAAUGAUGAUAAUUCUAGAACUCUUUAAUCUACACUGGUAUGGGUUAACAUCGUUCGAAUGGUGGAACGCUGGAAUAUUGUAUGCUUAUACAUGUUCCACCAUUCGAUUCAAUCGGACCACCGACCAGAAUCGAUGUUAACCCAGUGUAUACUAAAGUGCCCCCUACAUUGAAAUAGCUACACUAUUCAACAAACAGAGUCAGUACAGAAUUUAUUGCUUCUCUAAUAAUUUACAAAAAUAAUAUAUCUAUCCUUAUUUGUUCUGCAUUAUUUAUUUUGAUGAUAUUAAUUAGUAACUGAGGAUCUGAAUGAAGUCUCAAAAAAUCAAUUUUUUUCAACAAUUUGUUGGGGUAAUACUGAAAGAAACUAAAGCAUGGAAUUGAAUCAAGUAAAUGAAAACAAGAGUGAAAAGAGUAGUUUAAAUAAAAUGGAAGCCUCCAUCCAAGAUAAGCAAGAAAGUAAUGAUAAAGAAAUGAAUCAAAAUUCUAAUAAUAUUGAACCAAUGGAAGUCGAAGAGAACUCUGAACAAAGUGGAAUCAAGAAUGAAAAUGAAGAAAAAAUUCCAGAAAACGCAAAUGAACAAUUACUUAAAAUUGAGAAAAUUAAUUUGAAACAAGAAAAUUCACAAGAAGUAGAAAAGAAAAACACUCUUGAUUGUAAAAUUGAUGCUUUUGAUGAGAAAGAUGUCAAUUAUCUAAAAGAGAAUAAUGUUUCUGUUUCUACUGAAAAAAUUGCAAAUAUAGAUUCCAAAGAUAUUAAUCACAAACCAAAAAUAUCAGAGGUUGUGAAUAGUAAAAAUGAUCCUUCAAAAAAUGAAGUUGAAGCCUACAAUAACAUAGGUGAACAAGACGAUUUGAAAAAUGAAAAGAUUGAACAAGAAAAAGUAUCAAAUUCAAGUAAAGAUGAUAGUUCAUCAGAAGUAAUUGAAAAAACAAAUGUAUCACCUAAAAUUGAAAGUAGUACCUCUGUUAUUGAAACUAUAAGAAAAAGGAGAACUGCUACCAGCUGCAAGAUUAAAGUUAAGGCAACCAAGACUCUAACAAAAGAAUCCCAUGAUAGCACUGACAAGGUUGGAAUAAAUCAAAAACGUUUUGAGAAAGGUGAUGCAUACUGUUGGAGAUGCCAUAAAGAAGGAGUUGAAGCUCGAUGCUCUAAAUGCCCUCGUUCUUGGCAUCGGCGAUGUAUGGGUGGAGCACCACCCCUUACUUGUGCAGACUGGGUAUGUCCAGAAUGCUUAAGUAUAGAACGUGCUGAUAAUUGUGACACCCGAUCUCCUGCAAUGACUCUUGUUACCACAGACCAACUUUGUAUGAUGUUGAGACAUGUUGUGUCAAGAAUGCGUGACCAGGCAGGAUCUGAGCCUUUUUGUAAAGCUGUCAAAGAAGAAGAGGUUCCUACUUAUUUAGACUAUGUUGUCAAACCUAUGGAUUUGAGUUUACUUGAGUCUAAUGUUCGAGCAAAAAAGUACAAAAGCACAGAGGGAUUUAUGGCCGAUGCUAAAUGGAUUCAACACAAUUGCAUUGUCUUCAAUACAUGUUCAUCAAAGUUAACAAAUACAGCAAAACAAAUACUUAAAGUGGCUCGUCAAGAAAUUUGGGAAAUAGAAGCUUGUCCAGAUUGUUUUGCUCAUGGCCGAAACUUACAGCGUCCUUUAGUUUCAUGGUUCAUAGAACCUUGCCAAAGACCUCAUGCACUUGUUUGGGCAAAAUUAAAAGGUUUUCCAUUUUGGCCAGCCAAAGCUAUGCCUCGAGUUAAUAAUCAGGGCCUUAUUGAUGUACGGUUUUUUGGAGAACAUGAUAGAGCUUGGGUAUCUCCUAAAGAUAUAUUUCUGUAUUCCAAAGAAUCCCCUGCCAUUUUGGGUAAAAAGAAAAAAGAAGAAAUGGAAUUGGUUCUCAAAGAAGUUGAAGAGCACAUAGGAAAGCUCGAACAUGCAUUUGGCGAAUUUAAGUAUGCUGUUGGAAAAGUACCAUAUGAUCCGCACAAUGAGAAUCAAAUAAAAGCAAUGUUACCUUAUUAUGACCCUGUGCUAAAUAAACGUAUUGAUUCUGUGAAAUCAGACGAUUCAAAAACUAGGAAUAGCAAAAAAGCGAUGCUUUUACUCAAACAAAAUAUGUCACCAGUAGUAGUGACACAAAAAGUUGACAAAAUGUUACCUAUGAAACCUCAAGUAGCGCUUAGGAAAGAAGAUAAAAAAAUUGAACAGCAACCAGAAAAAGAAUCGAUAGUGCAUACACGGAAAGUAGCAUCAUCGCCUGCUAAAAGGACGGAAACAGGAGAUAAUAAAAAUGACAAAGAAAUAACACCAAAACCAGGGGUGGAUAUCAAAUCACGAAUAGCAGUGAAACCUUUACCUUCGUUAAAACCGAAUGGCACCAUUGAUCCUCAUGAUAGAACUGUAAAAGUGCAGACGCGAAAAAGGAAAAUUGCAGAAUUGAAAAAUUCUACAGAAACUCCCAAUAAAAAGAUAUCUACAACUUCUGAUGCUGAUACUCUAGUGGUCUCUCCAGCAGUUUCUUUGGCUCCUUCUCCUAAAAAGCUCAAGAAUUCGCUACCUGAAACGAACUCCUCUGAAAACACUACAGAUAAUAGUUUAACUAAUCCAGUUUCGUCUGUUGCUGCUGCUACCACAAUAUCAGAAUCAAAGUCUGUGGUAAAAGUUAACAAUGGUGAAUCACAGCAAAAACGUACAGUUGCUGCUGUGCGAAGAAUCGGUAGUACAGGACAAGUUAAGAAAAUAAGAGUAAAUCAUGCCCUAAAUCCAGAAGAUCUUACAAUUCUCAAAGUAACUGGUGGAAAUAUUAAAAGACGUAAUAUUAUCCGAGCUACGCCAGCUGUCAACGAUGUUUCAGACAAAAACAAUUUGUACAAAACUGUUACAGUGACCGGUAGUGGAAAACCCAAAACUAUAUUUGUAAAAAAAAAUUCAUCGCUGCUAAGUCCUGGUAACUCGCCGAAACUCUUACUUAAAACCGCGGCUCAUAUUAGCGGUAAAAGACCAAACGAAAAAGAAACCGUCAAGGGGAUGAUCGUCCGUAAACAGUCUGUAGUGGAAAAAGACCCACUGAGUAUUAGUAGUAAACCUAUGACAUCGAUACCAGUCACCGGGAAAAAGGAAGGUAAUUCGAUAGUCUAUUACACUUUUAAACCUCACGUUAAAGAUAAUAGUCCCAAACAGACACAUGAUAAAGAAUCAAACAGUACGAUCUCGGGCGUCAACGCAGACAAUAAAAGUGAUCAAGUUAAGACUAUAGGGUCAAGAAAAAUUGCUAAAGCUCGUAAAUCACUCACGACCAAAUCAGUACGUGAUUCAACUAGCUCUUCGCCAACAGCGGCUGCAAUGAAUCAGUCCCUUCAAAUGUCAAAGACGGUAGUUUAUGUUGCGGGGUCUCCUCAACUCACCAAAGAAAAAUCCGAUAGCAUGAGCAAAGUGCCACCACCGGAAGCUGGACCAAUAUCAACUCGUUUACAUAAAUAUUCAAAAGAAUUGACUUCUAGGAUCUCAGAAAUGAUCGUCAAUUUGAUUGAAGAAACGAGUGAGGCUAAAACCGGAUUAGCUGAUGAUAAUGAGGGAGUCAUACACAUUUUAAAACUAAAAAUGGAGCGUUUAAAAUGGUCCCAUCAACAAGAAAUCAACGAUCUAAAACUUCAACAUGAACAAGUUGUUCGGGAGUUAAAAUCCAAUUUCGAAAUUGAACGUUUUCGAACACUGCAAGAUGCUCGUCGAGAAGCCGAAAUCGAAAAGCUGCGUUGCAUCGAAGAAACAAAACGCAAACAAUGGUGUGUUGUUUGUGGGCGCGAAGCCAUGUUCUAUUGUUGUUGGAAUACGGCUUAUUGCGAUUAUCCUUGCCAGCAAAAGCACUGGAACACGCACUUGCACACGUGUGCUCAAAAGACUAAUUCGCAAACUUUGUCUCCUCAACAUCAAAGACCACAAUCCGUCUCACCUCCACCUGUUGUAACGCAACCAAUGCCCAAGCUUGUUAUAAGCAGACCCCCACAACAGCAGGAACAACCUCAACCCCAUCAAACACUUCUUGUCAAAAGGAACUAAUUUGCAGUUAUUGUAAAGUUACUUAUUAAUUAUUUCCUAAAUUGUAUUUAUUCGUAAUUCUUAUCAAGAAAUUUAAGUAUUUUUUAAGUUUCAUAAUGACUAUAGUCAUGCAUAUUUAAUCUGUAUAUUUUGAGGCAGCGUCAGAGUGUUAGGCAUUGUUGAAUGGACACAAGUAGGUGCAAUUUAUUUAAGUAAUUAUAGCAUGUGAUUGUCUAAGUAUUUUCAUGUACGGUUUUAAUGUACACCUCAUACAUAACUUGAAACUUUUGGAGUAUAUUUAUAAAUGAUCAAAGAUGAUUCUGAAAAUAGUCGUUGAUAGUAUUUUUAUUGUGACAAAUGAAAUGAAUCGAUUUUUGAAAUUGAUCACGUUGAUCAGCAUGAUCGCACUUAGCAAUGCCGCUAAAAUUUUUCAGGUAGAGCAUUACUAGUUGUUGAGGUCAAAUUUUUUGUUCUUAUAAAUAGCUUCUGUUGUGUUGAAAUGGUUAAAUUAAUAUUUGAGUCAUCCCGUUAAUCUUUAAUUUGAAAAAUUUACCAAUUAAGCUUGUUAUAGUUGAUUU